AUGCUACACUUAAACAGUUCAUGCAUAUCGGACAUUGAAAAUAUAGAGAACAUAUUAAAAAGGAAAGACUAUAAUGGAAUAGAAACAAACCGAGAAAUAAAAAUUUUUUUUGAAAAUUUAAGUUAUGCGUUCAGAAAAUUUAGUUAUUCGUUAAGAAAUAUACAUAAAGAUGGAAACAAUAUAAUUUCAAAUUUUAAAAAAGAAAAUGAUAAAAAGAGGUAUGUGGAACAUACUUAUUUUGUUGAUUGCUUUGUUAAUGUAAUUUCGAUUAUAAAAAAUUUGUAUGAAGAAAAUCUGGAAGUCAGUGAGAAGAUAAGGAAAAGUAUUGUUUUCGAAUUGGAUAAAGAAGAGAGCGAAAGGUUAGAAGAUAUCAAUUCAAUAUAUGAGGAACAGAAUAGACGUGUAUCAAUUGAAACCGAUGCAAAAUCUUAUCAUAACCCUGAUAAUGUGGGAAAUACAACCAGCGAUCACUACAGGGAGGGGGGAGGAAAGGGCACCUCCAAGUAUCAAGUGAACAGUGAAACACAAAAUGGAAAAUCAAAAAAAGUGCAAAAUCAAAUGCAUGCGGAGGAAGACGAACACGCGGACGAGGUCCUUGUCGAUGGGUUACCCCUAAAGGACGUGGAGAGCGAUUUAAAAAGAUGCCUAGAAGAUAAACAUUUCUCAGAUGAAUAUAUAAACCAUACAAAAUAUAAGAAAUGCUUUUCUGAAUUGGAAAAAUUGAAUAUCAAGUUAGGUAAAGAAGAAGCAUCACUUAAUGAAUUGAUCGAAAAAUUUGGAAAAAAUGCAAACAAAUUGCUGAUAAAUAAAUCAAAAGAACGAAUAAGAUCUAUUGAAAAUAAAAAAAAAAUUGCUUUAGAAUUCUUAUAUGAUAAUAUAAAAGAGCUAAAAUCUAAUAAGAAACUUUUGAAAAAUAGAGUCAAAGAUUUGCAGCAGUAUGUGGAGGACAACAGCAAAAAGGUUGAGAACAGAAAAAAAAAAGAACAAGAUGGUGGUGAUGAUAGUGUUCGUGCUGGUAGUAGCGGUCGUGGUGAUCAUAGAAACGGCUUCAUUGAUAGCACUUGUCGGUCCGAUGGAGAACAUGACAAAGAAGUGGGCAUUCGUGAUAAUACUCAGAUGAACAAAAAAAAGGAUAAAUAUAUGGAGGAAAGCCUUUACCUAGAAAAAUUUGAAAUAAGAGAAAAAAAUAGAAUAGAAAAAUUAUAUACAAGCUUCCGAAUAUUUGUAAAAAUACUAGCCAUCAAACAUAUUAACAUGAAUAAGGUCUUGUAUAUAAAUGCUAAUGAAAUAGGUACAUAUGAUUCACUCAUAGAUUACCAACGAUGGCUCAGUGUUGUUUUGAAUAAAAAUUUAGAUGUAUCAAAUCUACAAAAUAAAAUUCAAACACAUAAUAUACUAACUAAGGAAGAACGAUUUUUGUUAAUGCCAUAUGACAGUGACCAUUGUAAUGAUGAUUCUAACCAUUUAUAUGAAAACAAAAGAAAAACAAAUAAGUGGAAUUUUCGGAUAGGGGAACUGAUACAGAUCGAUAAUGAUGCCUCUAAUCAUAAAAAGGAAAAAGUGAGCAGUCAAAAGGUAGGACUACUUAGCGGAAAGGACAAUGGACAAGUAGGUGGACAAUUGGAUAAAGAAGCGGUCAGACAAGAGGCUAACAAAACUAAUGAUCAAAGGGAUGAUCAGUUCCCCGAAGAAUUUUACAUCCCUGUAAUAAUAAAAAAAAGCGAUUUAGGUGUAAAAAUGGUUGAUUCUGAUAAUGCACAAUGUAGUGUUAGAAGAAACAAUAACAUGAGCAAGGAUAAUAGCAAGGAUGGGAACAAAUAUGCUGCAAAUGAAUCUGCGUGCUUUCAUAUGGAUAUCAGUUAUCAUUUGCAUAUCGACACUUAUCUAAAUAAUGACAAGUUGAGUAAGGAAAAAGAUGUAAACUCUUUCCUAGCAAACCGACAAAGAGAUUAUGAACAAUAUCUCCUGCAGUUUAAUAAUAUGAAUGUAUUAUCAUCGAUUUACCAAAAAAAGUGUAAUAACAAUUACGAAAGGAAGUGGUAUGAUGUUAAUUUUUUUCAAGGGUACUUUUUCGAAGAAGGACAUAUGUUUUAUCCCUUUCAAAUUCCAACAGGUAUGAACAAUUUUUCCUCUUUUCAAAAUAUUAUUAAGUCGUUAUGUCCAAAUGUUCAAGAUAUUGGUGAAGAAGAUAUGAACGAGUAUGAAUACAAAUUGAUGGCGUACGAGUCGUUACUGUUAGUAUAUUAUGCUUUGUCUACUCAAUUAAAUGGUUACUAUCUUUUUGAUAUGUGCAGAAGAAACAAAAUGAACUUAUCGGUGUACAAUUCAUUUCGUCAAAAUUGCUCACAUAUAGUAGACGUUUUAUUAAAAAAUGAUUAUACUGCACAAAAGGCUUAUCAGUCAUGGAAAUGCCCUGCUACAGGUGAGAAAAAAGAAAAUACGAACAAUAUGAUAUCUGGUCAGUUCAAUAAAGUAGAUACAACAGAUUAUGAUCCAUCAGUAGAAAGAGAAAGAAAUUAUGGUACUACCAAUCGGUGUAGUAAAAACCAUUUUGGUAAAAACACGUUCAAUGAAUAUUUUGAGUAUAUCAACUAUAUACAUGAGAUAAAGAAGCAGAAUUUGCUGUUAGUAAAAAGAAUCAUAAGUUUAUUUAGAAUAAAAUUAAAUAUUAAUUCAAAAACUAACGAUAUGAUUACAUUGCUUACUAUUCCAUUGUAUGACUUGAACUACGGGAAUACUUACUCCUUCCACAUUCUUGACGUUCGGUUUAGAAUAGUGAGAAUGCUGGAUAGUUUAAACUUCAACCAUAUAUUUGAUUUUGACCAGGAAAGAAUCAAAAAAAUGGGAGAAAAAAUGUACGAUAAAAUUAGCAAACAUGCUGGUGCAUGUUACGGAAAACCGCGUACCACUAAUGAUGAGUAUAGCGUAUACAUGCUUUGGUUGAAUAGGCAGUUACAUUUGUUGUACAUAUCAUUAUAUUUAAAAUUUAAUCGAUUUAUUAAGUUUAUUCCCUACUUUAACUAUUCCCUGUGUCCAGAUUUUAUGGAAUAUAUGGCUGAAUUAAAAAAUAAUCAGGAAUAUUUUAGCUACCUGAACAAAAGUAAGGAGGAAAAUGCAUUCAUAAGGUACAUCAAAAAUGUGCAAAACAAAAUUAAAAAAAUGAGGGAAGUUAUUUUACGCUGUAGAGAGGGGAGAGCAAACAAAGCGAAUAAGAUGGACCGGGCAGACAAAGUAGACAAAGCAGAUCAAGCGGAUAAAGAGCAGGAUAUCAAGGACGGUUCAUCCAAGGAAUCAAAUUAUAUCAGCUUCAAUUCGCUCGAAAGCAAUGAGAAAAUAGUAUUCCUAUGCAACUUUCUGCUAAAAAAUUUAAUUAAAUCAUUUCGUGUAAUUUCUUUAUUAAAGUGGAUUAUAAAAAAAAAAAAAUGGAAUAGGGGAAAAUGCGAUGAGAAAAAACAAUUAUCUAAUCUCGUUAAUUAUUUUACAAAAAUAGAAUAUUAUGAUUACAAAGUGAGAAGUAUCAUUUGUAGUAAUUAUAGGAAGAGAAAUAGGGACCUAUAUCAUAAAAACAAAUUACACACAAAGAAUAAUACAACAGAGGAAGGAAGUGCUUAUACAGAUGAGCAAGGUAGUAGGGGGGAUAUUAUUUUAGAUAAUUCCCCAUCGGCAAUAUUACCCUGUAGAACGAUAAAAUCUGCAUGCUUUGAUAUUAACUCUUUUGAAAAUGUAAAUUAUGAUGAACUUUUUAAAGCAAUUUUUUUGAAUGAAUUGAAUAUAUGGAAAAAGGGAAAGGAUAUUGAAAGUAACAUUGGGAAAACGAAAAAGAGGACUACAUAUAAAGAAAAGAAGGAGAAUGGUAUUCAACCGGUUAUGUCCACAACUAACGAAUUGCAUUUGACCAAAUCACUAAAAAGGAAACAAGAUGCUAUUACUGAAUUGGAUAUAAUGACAAAGAGGUAUAGCGGGAGCAGUGGUAGUAGCAGCGGAAGUAGCAGUAGUGGAAGUAGUAGCAGUAGUAGUAGUAGCGAAAGCAGCAGCGGUAGCAGUUCAUGCAUGCGAGCGCGUGGAAGCAUUAGAACAGAAGGCACAUAUGUAGGGAGAAAAGAAAGAAAAAUGAAAAACAUAAUUUUUUACAAAUUAAAUAUAGAAACGGUUUUAUGCUCCAGUUGGUUCAUUGAUAGAGUCUUGUUACAUUUCUUUUUAUAUUUUUAUUUAUCAUGUGUGAUUGAUAACAGUUCUAAAGAAAAUAUUUAUGCAGACUGUCCGUAUAUUAUGCAAGGAAUAAUGUUCAUUAUGCAUUAUUUACAAUCGGGGAAUGAUAUAACUUUAAAGAAAAAGAGCAAAAAAGAAAUGUAUGAUAGUGGUGCAGAGCUUACAUUAAUUCCUAUGUCCACGUUUAUUCUUUAUUUUAUUAUUCAUUUGUUUUAUUCCUUUUUUGAUAAAAAUUUAUUAACCAUGUAUGCAAGUGAUGACAAAGACAGUAUAAAAUUAUUUCUAAAGAGACAUGCAUGUAGUCCACCUAAAGGAGAAGCGGCACAAGUAGAAGCGGCAGAAGUAGAAGUAGCAGGAGCAGAAGCAGCAGGAGCAGAAGACAAAGGAAUGACUAACAAAUACAGCAUGCGAUAUUCUACCGCUUCCAAGCGCCAAAUAAUUACUGUACAAAAUGCUAGCAAAUUUUAUUAUAUUACAAAAAAUUUCAAGUAUUUCUUGUCGUUUCGAACCCUUGAUGAAAAAAUAUUUCAGACGAACGAAAGUACCAUCCCUCUUGAUUGCGCAGAAUUGUAUGAUGAAAAGUCGUAUAGUGAACGAGUGGAGGAUGAGGAAAAUACACUUUCAAAGAGCGAAUAUGAAAGGGGGAACAAAAAAUCAAAAAGGUUGACAGAAAUUAAGGGAGCAAAAAAUAGAAGCAAAAAUGAAGGUAAAAGUAAAUCACGUCGGAACAAAAAAAAAAAAUUUUUAUUUUGUGGUAUCAAUUCGGAAGAUAGUAACGAGCUUACCCAUUUCACCUCGUUGGAUGAAAAUUUUAUGAAAUAUAUACAGACCAAGAAAAUGAAGGAGGAGCAGAAUAUUAAUGAUAGGAUCUAUUUACGGCGAUACUAUAACAUAUUGCAAUUUUUCAAUUACAGUCAUUUAGAAAAUUUAUGUAGACCUUAUAUUCCUAAUAUAUUGUUCUUCUAUUUAAAUAAAAAAUAUUUCCAUACUGACAGUUUAUUGUUCGAUAGCUUUCCUCCAAAUGAUAAGAGCGAUACGUUGAAUCCGCGUAAACAGGGAUUACACAAAGAAAUUAAAAACAAACAAGUUCAGUUUAAAUAUCCAACAAAUAAUAAAGAAGAGAAGGAGCAACAUAAAGUGGAUUAUGUACCUGUUGAAUGUUGUCAUACAUAUUAUGAUACGCAUGCAAAUGACAGGUGGAAAAAUAUCAUUACGAGUGGUAGAUGCAUAUGCAGAGGGGGAAAUCGUAAAAGGGGAAACUUUAAUAAUAAUGGAUCAUACUUAGAUGUAACUAGCGCUAACUACAACGAUAGGAUCGUGGUGAAAUAUAACAGGAAGGAGUUAACGAACUUCUCUCUAAUCAACAUGUCAAGGAUUGAAAAAGUCAUAACAGACAUUAUUUUUAUGAGACUGAUAAGUUGUAAUUUUAGAAACCAUCUCAUUCUUCUUUUCUGUAAUUAUAGAAAAUUUAUCGACAUGUAUUCCUUGCCAUAUAUACUAGACAUAUUUAUAAUUGUUCAUAACUUUUUCACGAUAAAUAAUGACGUAAGCAAUAAUAUAAGCAGUAAUAUAAACAGUGACAUAAAAAAUGACAUAAACAGUGACAUAAAAAAUGACAUAAACAGUGACAUAAAAUAUGACAUAAACAGUGACAUAAACAGUGACAUAAAAUAUGACAUAAAAAAUGACAUAAACAGUGACAUAAAAUAUGACAUAAACAGUGACAUAAAAAAUGACAGAAGUGGGGAAGUAUCAACUGGGUGGAAAUGUGUAAAGGCGGGGCAGAUGCGGUUCGGAAGAGAUGACAGAAGGAGGGCAAACAAGAAUUAUUUCCCUAAUGGUAGUGCCACUACAAAUAUGGAGACACAUGAACACAGUUGUGAUGUCUACACUUCUGAUGAAGGAAAUACUGAAUACAAUUCUUCUAAUUAUAUAGAGAACGAAGUUAACUAUCAGAUAAAUGGCCAAGGGGAAGAAGUUAAUUUCCUUGUCCAUAACACACAAAAGCGCUGUAAUAAUAGUAACAAGACUUAUGAGAGGUACCCCUUUAAUAUUAAUUACCAUACUACUACAUCCACUCGUGGACUAUCGGACUAUUUUAAAUUUUUUAUACUUAACACUGUUAAGAAUAUAUUUUACAAUAUCAUGUGUGGUGUGAAGGAUGAAAUGGAACUCAAGGAGCAAAUGCACGAGGGGAAAAGUUCCAACAUUAUAUGUGCCAAUGAAACGUGUAAUAACACCCCACAUAGUAACACUGCUUACAGUAAUGCUACGAUUGACACAGUUGUGAAUACCAAUUAUACAAAUAGCCCGUUUGAUCAAUUGUCAAAAAUGGAGGAAAAGAUAGUUGAUAAUGAUAUAGACAUAUCAAAUGUGCAUUCAAUGAUUGACAAUGGGACAAACGAAAAAAACGUAAAGGAGUAUAGGGAUACCAUAAUGAAUCAUUAUGUAGACAUUAUAAAUACAUACAUUAACGAAAUUAUAAUGGAAAUUUUAUUUUUCUCAAAUAUAUGGAAAUUCUACCUAUCAUUAGAAGAACACCCAUUAAUGGUUCUAUAUGCAGCGAAUAAAACUUUACAUUAUGAAAUUUUAAAAUUUAUAAAAAUUAACAAAAAAAAUAGUGAGCUUCUGUUCAGUCAGUCUCUAUCUAUCAUUGUGUCUUUGUACAAUUUGAAUUUACUUAAUAAAGAGGUUGUUCUUCAAACGAAUUCAUAUCACAAAUAUCAGUCCAUGGUGAAUGAACAGUCAGAUGAUAAUCAUCCAAAGGACGGACUGCCGAUAACCACUCGUGUUGACAAUGUUAGCGGCAAGCGUAGGAGUAAAGAAGUAAAUGCUGCAAACAUGACAAAUGAGUCCAAGAACGAUAUCAACAGAAGCAGAAGAGGCAGUAGGAUGCAAGAGAAAAUUUUGCACUACUACGAAAAUAAAAAUUCUAUAAAGACAUAUACGACGAAUGAUCAGAAGCAUGAACAGAACAGAAUUAAGGAGGACGAGGCAAACGCUAGCAAAAAUUCGGAACAAUGUGACAUGUUCAUAAACUUAUCCCUAAUCAUCUCAAACGCUAAUGAUCCCUGUAUGGUAAAAUUAAUGUUUAAAUUGGAAAAAAUUUUUGUAAAAAUUAUUGAUAAAAAAUUAGAGCAUAAUAAAUACUUACUAUCCGAAUGUUUGAAAAAGGAAAAACUAGAACCUAUAAAUAGUCCUGAGAUUAUGUAUAAUUCUACAUCUGUGGACAUUUUUUCCAUAAUUUCCAAUAUUUUGGAUGUCCUAUUUCAAUAUAAAUGUCCAGUGGAAUGGAUCAUAGCUCCAUUUUUAGAAUUCUUAAAUACAUUUAUUAAUGAAUAUUGUGAAAAUUAUAAAAAAAAAUGUUCAUCUUUUAUUAUAUCUGUUGUUAAUCAAUAUGCUGAUAAAUAUUUUAAUGAUCUUCUAAAUAUAACAGAAGAGCAAAAAAUUCAUUGGGAAAAAUAUUCAGGGGAUAAUAAAAAAAAAUAUAAAAAUAGUUCCGACAUGCAUAAUAAUAAUGAACCUAUUAGUAUAUUUAAACAAAGUGAACUAGAUGUUGCGUACAAUGAUGAUGAAGAUAAUAUAUAUGACAACAAUAUAGAAAACGAAUAUAACGAUGUCAAUGAAAUUACAAAUAGAAUUAAACACAAAAAAAAAAGGAAAAAGAAUGUUUUCUUUAAACUAUUCGAUUAUGACGAAAUAGAUGUUAAUGUAAUUAAAAGUAAAAUGGAUGAAAUUUUGGAUGAUAUAAAUGACUUGUCUAUGAAGGUAUCAAAUUUUCAAAGUAGUAAUAAUAGUCAAAAAAAUAAAAAUGCUGGUGAUCAGAAUAGAUCAAAUGAAGAAGUUGAUGAAGACACAAGCGAGGAAAAAAAAGAAAAUAAUAGUAAUAAUAAUAGUAGUAAUAAUAAUAGUAAUAAUAAUAGUAAUAAUAAUAGUAACAAUAAUAGUAAUAAUAAUAGUAACAAUAAUAGUAAUAAUAAUAGUAACAAUAAUAGUAAUAAUAAUAAAAAAGGUGCAUAUAUGAGUGAUGAUUUAAUACAUAUUAUAGAUGAAAUCAAUUAUUUGUUUGAUGACUCAGAUAUGUCAAAUUCUUUAGUCGUUACAUGGAAUUUAUUUUUCUUUUUGGAACAGUUACCAUUAAUAAGAAAAAAAUUUGAAAAAUAUAAUCUUGAAUAUAUAGUUACGCGUACAAAAAAUGUAGACAAAAUUAGUCGAAUUUUUAAUAAUUAUAUUAAUUUCGAUAUAACUAUACAGAUGUUACAGAAAAAUGUUUAUACUAAAACAAUAUUUGAUAUAUUAGACACUUCUAUUAAUAAUAUUAAAAAUACUUUAAAUAAUGCACUAUAUUAUAUUUUUAAAGUAUUAUCAAUACGAAUUAUUUGUUAUGAAUUUCAACAAGAAAUGUUUUUUAAUCUAUAUGAACCAUUUCAUGUAAAUAACAUAAAAAAUAUAGUUUCAAUCUUUCCUAAUACAAUUGAAAAAUUUUUCACUCAAAUACCAAAAAUGUACUUUAAAAGCAUAUUAACAGUAUUUAUAGAAUUAUUUAUAAAAAUGUGGAUGCUCAUUGUAAUUGAAAAAGGCUUCUCCAAUAUACUCUUUAGUGAUGAAGAUAUACAUACUAUGAAGAAAGAUAAUCAAUAUUUAAAAAGUUACAUAAAAGAUAACCAACUUGUAUUAAGUCAUUGCUUCUUAACUAAAAACUAUGAUGUAAAUGAAUAUAUAGACACCUUCUUCGAUACCCUCUACGGGGAUCGUUACAUGUUCUCUGAAAUUAUGCGUGGACAGAGGAGCAAAAAGCCGAAGAAGCAUCGUUUCGCGACCUCAUAA